AUGGCCACCUUGGCCUCGUCACCCCCGACCUCGCCCUCGUGGCCGAAACGACGCCCCCGAGCCUGGGCUCUCCGCUGUGAACGAUACUGCUGUGCAGCUGCCAGCUGCUUUCCACUCGUCUUUGUCUACGGCAUCACUACAUGGGCGAUCUACGUCGCCAUCAGUAUCGGCGUCAAGCCCUCAAGGAGCGACUGGAUCGGUAUCCCUAGCACUGUCGUCGCGUUUUCUCUUUAUGCACUUCUCAACCUCUCCUAUAGCGUCGCCGUUUUCACAGAUCCGGGGUCACCGCUCUCCACUAGCCGUGGCGCUGAUCGCCAUGAAUACAGCGCUCUCCCGCCCUCCGAACAUCCGGAAUUCACUUCGUACACCGUCACCUCCACUGGUGAAUCGCGAUAUUGCAAGAAAUGCCAGUGUCCGAAGCCGGACCGUGCGCACCACUGCUCGACGUGUAAACGAUGCGUCCUUAAAAUGGACCACCACUGUCCCUGGUUGGCAACAUGUGUCGGAUUGCACAACUACAAAGCGUUUUUGCUCUUUUUGAUCUAUACCUCUAUCUUCUGUUGGGUGGUCUUUGGCAUAGCAGCGAUCUGGGUCUGGACCGAGAUUCUCAACGACACUCAGUACAUGGAUACCAUUCUGCCAGUCAAUGUGGUCCUUCUCGCUAUUCUGGGAGGUAUCAUCGGACUGGUACUUACAGGGUUCACAGCAUGGCAUAUCAGUCUGGCCGUACGCGGAACUACGACAAUUGAAUGUCUGGAAAAAACACGGUAUGUGUCGCCUUUGCGCAGGGCACUACACAGACAGCGAAAUGAGCAACCGCCAAGAGAUAACUACUGGGGCGAGCCGGAGGACACCCUAACCACUCGACUGCAAGGCUAUGGGAACCAGAUCAUCGACGCCCACGCAAAUGCCAUCCCGGGCGUCACACGGCCCGAAGAGGGCGAAGAGCGGCUAUCCCCUCUGCCGCGCCCAUCAGGACCUCCAAAUGACAGCAGCAGCCAUCUCACGCCAGCGCAGCAAGCCCUGACCCGUUCAUAUGCAGAGAUGGAGCGACAGCGCGAGUACGACCGGUACCACGAGUACCAAAAUGACGAAGAUAACGAUAAGAUGCCGAGCGCAUUCGAUCUCGGCUGGCGACGAAACCUACUCCAUCUCUUCGGCGAACGCCCAUUACUCUGGGCUCUCCCGGUUUGCAAUACUACCGGCGAUGGCUGGCACUGGGAGCCAAGUGCCAAGUUCCUCGAAGCGCGCGACCGUCUCCGUCUGCACCGAGAGCAGGAAUCCACCGGGGAGCAACAGUACUACCGGGAGCUGUAUCAGCGUAAUCUGGAUAAUAGCCAUGCCUGGCGCGAGGGUGCUGCGCAGCCGACACGAGUGCCCAGCCGUGGUACUAGCACCCCCGAUCGGCCACCGACUUCUGUGUCGAUGCAGACUCUUGCUCCUCGAUCUCCAAGGCCGAGACCUGGUGAUAGUGAUUAUGGAGACGACAUUGAUGGAAAUGGACUACUGGAUCCUUCUGUCGGUCGUCCACAAGCUUCCCGGCAUGAUACUGAUGAAUGGAGGGAUUGGGAUUGA